AUGGCGACGAAAGGCGGUGCUGCAGCGCAGGAGUUUGCACCUGUCCUAGCUGCUCUUGCGACAAUGCAAGGGAAUGCGUCUCGACAGGAAAAGACCCAUGCUCAUGAGUUCCUCGAGCGCUUCCAAAAAUCCGUCGAAGCUUGGACUACAACCCAUUCCAUUCUUCAGUCCCCAGACUUGCCCGUGGAGGCGAAAUUAUUUGCCGCGACUACUUUGAAAGGAAAGAUCACAUAUGACCUCGAUCAAUUGCCCGAAUCAUCAUUACCCGCUCUAAGAACCUCUAUCCUUUCACUCUUGACAAGUUACAGAUCGGGUGCCCGGCCCAUACAGACCCAGCUAUGUGUCUGUCUGGCCAGCUUGGCCAUCCAAAUGAUAACUUGGAAAGAUGUCCUUCCUACGGUUGGAUCCGCUCUGGGCAACGAAGCAAGCGACUGUGUUCUGGAAUUCUUAAAAAUUCUUCCCGAGGAAGUUACGGAAGGACGCAAAAUCAACCUGACUGAAGAGGACCUAGCUACUAGAACGAAGGAGCUAUUGGAAGACAAUGCGGACCAAGUUUUGGCGCUCCUCACUCAAUAUUCACAGUCUUCGCCUGCUGCGGCAACUAAUCCACAUCUAUUGGAAUGCAUUACUUCCUGGAUGCGCGAAAUACCUGCAGCGCGAAUUACCAGUUCGCCCUUGAUGGAUGUGAUAACAAAAGCACUUUCGGAAGAGAGAUCAUUCGACGCUGCAGUGGAAUGUAUGUGCGCCAUUUAUAGGGACACCCUUGAAGUUGACGAUUCGAUGCCCGUUAUACAGACUGUUUAUCCGCGAUUAAUUGCAUUAAGACCAAAGAUUCGCGAGGCGGCUGCAGCAGAGGAUGUUGAAAUGCUCCGAGGGGUGACCAGGCUUUUCGCAGAAGCCGCAGAAGCCUGGGUAGUUUUAAUCGCCCGUUUACCAAAUGAGUUCCGCAGUUUGGUUGAAGCGGUUUUGGAAUGUUGUGCCGUCGACAAAGAGCGCGAUGCGAUCUCCAUCACCUUCGUUUUUUGGUUUGAACUCAAACAGUACGUAAUUCUGGAAAGGUACGCGACCGCAAGAACAGCUUUCGCCGAUGUGUUCUCUAAAUUGGUGGAUAUCAUGAUCAAGCAUCUGGAAUUUCCAGUGGCUGAUGGCGAGGAGGGGGAUCUCUUUGACGGGGACCGUGAACAAGAGGAAAAAUUUCGCGAAUUCCGCCACGCGAUGGGUGACGUGCUCAAGGAUUGCUGCGCCGUUAUUGGAGUUUCCGAAUGCCUUCACAAAUCAUAUACUCUGAUACAGGCGUGGGUGGCCAAGUAUGGCUCCCAAGCGAGCCACAACCACGUCCCACAUUGGCAGGAAUUGGAAGCACCGUUGUUCAGCAUGAGGGCCAUGGGGCGGAUGGUAGAACCUGAGGAGAGCAAUGUGCUUCCACAGAUUAUUCCGCUUAUCGUCCGAAUUCCUGACCAGGAAAAAGUCCGCUUCCAGGCUAUUAUGGCGCUCGGGAGAUACACUGAAUGGACUGCUCAACACCCUGAGACUCUCGAAGCGCAGCUCAAUUACGUUAUCUCCGGAUUCCAGCACAAGUCACAAGAGGUUGUGCAAGCCGCUGCGCUGGCUUUCAAGUUCCUCGGAACUGAUUGCCAGAAGCUGCUGGGUGGGCAUAUUCCGCAAUUACAUACGUUUUACGAGUCAGUAAUCGACAAUCUAAAACCGUCGAGCCAGGAGGAGGUCACGGAAGGUGUUGCCGCCGUCGUAGCAGUUCAACCACUUGAUAAGAUGUACGGGACUAUGAAGCUAUUUUGUGAUCCUCUUAUGCGACGAAUCAUGAAUUUGGCCAAUAAUGCAAAAGAUGAGGACGGUCAAAAAGCAGUUGCUGACCACCUUCAACUCAUUACCAUAUUUAUCCAACUUGUAUCGCCAUAUGUUGAUCCCGGAGCACAAAACCCUGGUGUACGAUAUUGUGAAGAAAUCCUCCCGGUCCUAAGUACCAUUGUCAUGAACUUCACAAAGUCCACGCCUAUACUCGAGAGAGUCUGCCGAUGCUGGCGAUAUAUGAUUAUCUCGUAUCGCAAUGCCAUGAUUCCACUACUCCCCAAUUUAGCACAAAGUAUUUCAGCAGGAUUCCAAGCUUCCAGAGAAGGAUGUUUCUUGUGGGCGACGGAUGCUGUCGUCCGGGAAUUUUCGUCCGGCGCGGAAUAUGUGGACCAAGCAACGAGUGACGCCGUAUACCACUUUUUUGAACAACAGGUCGUUCAAUUCCUUCGAAUCCUUAAUGACUUACCCCCAAACCACCUUCCUGAUAUGAUUGAGGACUUCUUCCGGCUCUUAACUGAUGCAGUCCGGUUUUUCCCUAAAAAUACGUUGACAUCGCAACUUUCUAUUCCCAUUUUCUCCGCUGCUUUAAGUGCGCUCACUUUACAACAAGUCGAUCCAUUGACGGCAACGCUACACUAUUGCCGCGAUGUUCUCAGUUUCGGGUUUGAAAAGCCAUCCAUUUCCGAGUUCACGAGCCCAGACGGCGAACCUUUCACAAAUCCUCCAGAGGUUAGAGCAACUGUUAAGCAACUAAUAGGGUCGCAAGGGUCACUCCUUGUCCAGCGUGUAAUGACAGGCAUGAUGUUUACGUUCCCGGAGGAUUGUUUCCCAGAUGCUUCGGGAGUACUAAUGACGCUUUUUGAACUGCUGCCUCAGGAGACCACAACUUGGGUUGGUGGAACUAUUCAAUUGCUUCCUGCAGGUACAUUAAAGCCCGGUGAAAGUGAACGACUGAUGAAAAGCCUCUCGGAACGGGCACAAGCGGGCGAUCAUAGGAAGAUUCGAAUUUUGCUACAGGAUUUCACGAACUCUUAUCGACGACGAAAUGUGGCGCCUAGAGAAGGAUUGGGAAGACUCGAAGCAGCAAGGUUCCGUUUCACCGGUUAA